GAGUCACGUGAGCGCAGGGUCACGUGAGGCGCCGGGCGUAGCGCUCCCGUCUCGUCGCUCGCCGCCAUGUCGUCUUUCCCCGAGCUGUAUUUUAACGUGGAUAACGGGUACCUGGAAGGUUUGGUGCGUGGUUUUAAGGCGGGGGUGCUCCGGCAAGGUGACUACGUGAACCUGGUGCAGUGUGAGAGCUUAGAGGACUUGAAACUGCACCUACAAAGCACAGACUAUGGGAACUUCUUGGCCAAUGAAGCCUCCCCGCUCACAGUCUCCGUCAUAGAUGACAAGCUAAAGGAGAAGAUGGUGGUGGAGUUUCGUCACAUGAGGAACCAUGCAUAUGAGCCCCUAGCAAGUUUUCUGGACUUCAUCACGUACAGCUACAUGAUUGACAACGUCAUUCUGCUCAUCACUGGGACUCUGCACCAGCGUUCCAUCUCUGAACUGGUGCCCAAGUGCCAUCCUCUGGGAAGUUUUGAGCAGAUGGAAGCUGUGAACAUUGCUCAGACGCCUGCAGAGCUCUACAAUGCAAUCCUGGUAGACACACCCCUGGCUGCUUUCUUUCAAGACUGCAUAUCUGAACAGGACCUGGAUGAAAUGAACAUCGAAAUAAUUCGAAACACGCUGUAUAAGGCUUACCUGGAGUCCUUCUACAAGUUCUGCAAGGUGCUGGGAGGUACCACGGCAGAUGCCAUGUGCCCCAUUCUGGAGUUUGAAGCAGACCGGCGGGCCUUCAUUAUCACCAUUAACUCCUUCGGUACUGAGCUGUCCAAGGAGGACCGAGCAAAGCUGUUCCCGCACUGUGGCAAACUCUACCCUGAGGGCCUGGCCCAGCUGGCCAGAGCAGAUGACUAUGAACAAGUUAAAAAUGUCGCUGACUACUACCCUGAGUACAAGCUGCUAUUUGAAGGGGCUGGCAGCAACCCUGGAGACAAGACCCUUGAAGACAGGUUCUUUGAACAUGAGGUGAAGCUGAACAAACUGGCCUUCCUCAACCAGUUCCACUUUGGAGUCUUCUACGCUUUCGUGAAGCUGAAGGAGCAGGAGUGCCGCAACAUUGUGUGGAUAGCAGAGUGCAUUGCCCAGCGGCACAGGACCAAGAUUGACAACUACAUUCCCAUCUUCUAACCCAGCUUGGCUCCUGUCCAACCCUCCUGCCCCUGGAGUCCAGAGGGAUCCCUGUCUAACUCCCUGAGUUAUCCCUUGCCCUGACUCCAGGGAGGUCCCAUCUGUGGAACUGGCUCAGAUGAGGAAACUGUACAGUUGCUAGUUAAAUUAUUCACAAGCUGAAGUUUGAGUUGUAUGUGCUGAGAGAGGUCCAGAGGGACCAGUGGCACAGGCUUGGCCCUGUGCAGCAGGAGGGAUGACUCCUGUUGUGUAUCUUAGUCCUCGUGUUACCGUACUAACCUGCUGUAUGCACUUACGCUCAUAGAGAAAGCACCAGCUGGGGGGUUGCUGCCUCCCAGGGCUCUGCCAUGGCUGGGGGUUCUCUCUGUCAGUGCUCUGCACACCUCCUAGUCAGUGUUGUUCCUGUGAGAUUUGGUUUGUGUGAUUUGUAGCGUAGCCCAUGCUGCUGUGCAAUCCCUGUGUCCCUCUGUAGCUAACCCUGACCUAGGAGAGGCUGAGCAGCCCUGGCUGGGACUGGGAUGGAGCCUGGGGGAAGGUGAGGGCAGAGCCAGAGUGCUGGUGGAGCACACUCCUCCCUCUUCGGGCAGCGUUUGCACUCAUGCAGCCUCGCUGUGUCCUCAGAAGCAGUUCUCCUCAGCCUCCUUCCUGCUCUGCACUUUGAAAGGCUUCCACAAGCUGACUGAGCUCCUUCCUUCUCCCCUGAAGAGGCAUGGCUUGGACUUUACUGUUGCAGCCACGCAAGAGUCAGGGCUCCUUUUGUCUCUGUGGCUGGUGCUAGACCCCUGCAGACACAUCCAGGCCAGCGCAGCCUCCUCCCCUGCGCAGGCCGUUGUGCUGUGGAGCCAUAUGCGCAUAGCUGGGCCCUGGGCAUAGCACCCUUGGGUCACCCUGAGGAGUGCAGAGAGCAGCUGUUGGCAGCGAUGCCUGUCCAGGCUGUGGUUACAGGGUGGGAGCCAAGCCCUGGGUGUGGUGUGGCAGCCCUGCUCACUGCUGCUGUGUCUGGGCUAGCUCCCACUUGCCCUCGAGCCUUGGGAGCUGCCCCGGGAUGGCAGGGAAACCUCACUGGUAGGAAACACGUGCUCGGUGCUGCUGCUGGGAGGGUGGCUCUGUCCCAGCUUGUGCUGUGGUCACUUCUGCAGUGUUUGUAACCCUGUGAUCCCCUCUCUACACCAAUAAAUAUCUGCCUACUGCA